CUUUGCUAUCUCGGACGGACGUGGCGAAUGUUUUUCCGAUGAGAUUUUAGGAAAAUCUUCAAAAUUUAAACUAUUUUGAGCCUCUGAGCAUCCCGAAAAAUGGGUCUAUGUAAGUGUCCGAAAAGGCAAGUUACCACCCAGUUUUGCUUCGAGCAUCGGGUGAAUGUUUGCGAAAACUGUAUGGUCGUGAAUCAUACGAAGUGUACAGUCCAGUCCUACAUACAAUGGCUAAAGGAUAGUGAUUUCGAUUCGACCUGCACGUUGUGUGGAAGUUUGUUGGACAACGAAGAUUGUGUGCGUUUGAUAUGCUAUCAUGUUUUCCACUGGAAAUGUUUGAAUGCGAGACAGCAAUCGUUACCAGCCAAUACAGCACCGCCGGGACAUACGUGUCCAUCGUGCAGUGAUCCCAUAUUUCCUCCCGCUAAUCUUGUUUCGCCGGUCGCUGAUGUUCUACGAAUGAGACUUGGACAAGUCAACUGGGCUCGAAAUGUGCUAGAAUUGCCUUUGCUGCUAGACGAAAAACAGGACUAUUCCAACGUUGUUGCGACUACAAGUUCCGCUGCGGUACACAAUGGGAACAUUUUUGCAAAUAGUGUCACUCAAAGCAGAGCUGCGAUGUCAAACAUGAGCAACGUGGAACGACCAGAGAGUCCCCAUUCGGUUGUUAAUAUGGAUACAUUCAACUCUGGCUCAGGAACUGCGCUAGAUUUUCAAGCAGCGAGUAGUCGACGUCCUUUGCUAGCCCGCGAGUCCCCGAUAGGAGGGUCCGAUCGGGAUGAUAACAAGUAUAAAAGACGCACUCCUCAGGAAGUUUUCUCUCGGUGGUCUAGAAGGUUCUACGCACCUUCCUCGAAACCCCCGUGGCGUCGGACUUGGUUUCUGGUGCUUAGCGGCUGCCUUGGAUUCGUUUGUAUUAUCUACGUGUUAUCAUCUCUUGGCCGUCGUGGCGGUGACAGUGAAAUGGGCUUUAUUUAUAAUAGAAAUUUACCGCACGAGGAUUGAAAACAUCAGUUUUGCGAACAAGCAUCAUUCCCCCGAACGAAAAAGUUUUCAAUUUUGCGUAUAAACAUAUUACUCUAGACUGUUAUUUUGUGCUUCAAACUAUCGAGAAUAUAACAAAUUAAUAUAACUAAUCAGUACAAUUCUUCAA